GAUACCAAAUGUAUUGAUUUCACAGAGCAGCAUGACACCUUUUCAAGGCAGGUGCCCCUUGUCAUCUGGAGCAUAACAGAGCUCCAGACUCUCGUCCAUCCACCUCUGCAUUCUCAGAAAAUCAGAUUUCUCGGGAAAAGCAGGAAGAGGCCAGGCAGGGGCUGCUCUCUUCUCUGAUCCAACUCCAGGGAACCCCUCCCACUGUGGCAGCAGCAGGGAUGCAGGGGGAGGCCAGUGCCAUGCACCCAUGGGGGUGCUUUGUGUCUCCAGGCAUGGCCUCUGCAGCCGUGAUUGGAGGAGCCAAGGCUGCUGCAGCUGUGGUGGGAGGAGCCCUGUUCGUGGGGGCUGUGCCCGUGGCCCUGGGCGCCAUGGGCUUCACCGGGGCAGGAAUCGCUGCCUCCUCCUUAGCGGCUAAGAUGAUGUCAUCGGCCGCCAUCGCCAAUGGGGGCGGAGUUGCCGCCGGCAGCCUCGUGGCCACUCUCCAGUCCGUGGGGGCAGCCGGACUUUCCACAUCAUCCAACAUCAUCCUGGGCUUGGCUGGGUCAGCUUUGGGGGCCUGGUUGUGGGAUAGAAAAAAGAAAGCCCCUUCCUCUCCUCCACCGGAAUCCAGUACUGAAGCAGAGAGGGGCUCCUGUGCUGGAGAUGACCCUCCAGGGCCUCAGGAUGUCAGUCCCCCAAAUGACAAGUCCUCUGCCUCCCAAAAUUCUUCAGAGAAGCAUGGGAAAUAAAGACGAGACGCUGAGACCUUCA